AUGACAGACGGUCUGAGACUCCAGGGAGAUUCCCUUCCUAUCGAGUACCCAACUUACGAUUGGGGCAAGUCUCCAUCCACUGAUUACCACGAUCAUGACUGGUUCUGGCCUUUGAAUAAGCGAGUUCUUACGGUAUCCUUACUCAACGGAACAAAUGAGGAGAAGAACAUCAUCAUCAACCUCAUAAAUGAGCAUUACAACACAAUCAAGAUGGGUAUCCGGUUCAAGUUCCUUCAAGACGGUGACUCUACCCUAUCCGACAUCCGAGUCGCGGUGACAACGAGCUCUGAGUCAACCGACGGGUACAUGGCUACCACUGUUCCCCGUAAUGUACCAACUUUGCGGCUUCAAAUGUCACUGAGCCGCCCGGGUGGCCCCCUCCAGAAGGACAUAGACCGAAGGCAAAGCAAAAUUUUGCACGAGUUUGGCCAUGCCUUGGGUCUGAAGCACGCGCACUGUCACCCUGACUGCACAAUCAAUUGGAACCAUCAAGUCAUCGAGAAGCGAAUGGGAUGGACUCAUGAUGAAUUCGAGACGCAAGUGCGUAUAGCGAAAGAGGGAAUAUUUGCCCUGAUGCCCUAUGAUCCGAAGUCCAUUAUGCACUACAGCGUCCGUAAGGGUGACACUCAUAGCAUGAUCACGUGUCUUGAGCCCAAUCUCGUUCUUUCCAAGGGAGAUAAGAAGUUUCUCAUGGCGAUAUAUCCCCCUGACGGCUCAGACAGAACACUGAAAGGAGUAACCGAGCGGAUGUGGAAGCCAACAAGCGUGUUGUUGAGAGAAGGUAAAAAGAGACGGGAUCUCAGGUCCGCUGCAAGGCAAGACUUGGGUCAUUCAAAUGAGGGAGAGACAUUUCCCAGUAUUACUCUGACUGACAGUGAGAUUCAGGAUUUGGGAAGCUUUUUCACUGACAGUCAGAAUGGACAUCUAGGCACGGCCUUUCUGCAGACAAUUUUUCCCCAAGCCUACCGUUUGGAGAUAUUUUCCAUUGCGUUUUUCUACUGUGCAUUUAUGGGCUAUGUUGGCUUCCUUCUAUUCCAUUAA